ACCAAUCAAAAGGCCGAAGCUGUCCAGAAGUGGAGUAAUGGCGGAGCGGUAUGAAACAAGCUAAUCUUAGUACAGGAAACGACUUUACUACGGCGAUGGGUGUGUAUCCGGAGUAGAUGACGUUGACGGUCAAAAUCGAACGACUUCAGAAAGACCGAGUAUGGCGCUGCGGCCGUUGGUCAUGUGUUUUGCGCUGUGCGUGGUGCACGCCUCCAGUAAACCCACCAUCGACAAGAAGGACCGUGUCAUUCAUGACGACCUGCUUAGCAACCGCAACCAUGACGACGCAGAUAACUUUGAUUAUGACCAUGAAGCGUUUCUUGGACAGGAUGAGGCCAAGACCUUCGAUCAGCUCACACCUGAAGAGAGCAAGGAGAGAUUGGGUAUGUUGGUAGAGCGUAUAGAUGAGGACAAGAAUGGGUAUGUGUCAGUAGAGGAGAUGAAGAAGUGGAUCAAACACAGUCAGAAGAGGUGGAUCUAUGAUGAUGUGGACCGCCAGUGGAAAGGUCAUGACCUUAACGGAGAUGGACUGGUGUCCUGGGAGGAGUACAAGAAUGCCACAUACGGAUACAUACUGGAUGAUCCAGACCCAGAAGAUGGCUUCAGCUACAGACAGAUGAUGUCACGUGACGAGAGGAGAUUCAAAAUGGCCGACCUGGACGCUGACCUGAAGGCCAAUAAAGAGGAGUUUACAGCCUUCCUCCAUCCUGAGGAGUACGACCAUAUGAAGGAUAUAGUUGUACUGGAGACCAUGGAGGACAUUGAUAAAAAUGGAGACGGCUUCAUAGAUCUGGAGGAGUACAUAGGUGACAUGUAUAACCAGGAGGGUGAUCCUUCAGAGCCAGAGUGGGUGAAGACAGAACGAGAACAGUUUACAGAGUUCAGAGAUAAAAACAAAGAUGGCCGCAUGGACAAGGAGGAGACCAGAGACUGGAUCCUCCCUUCAGACUACGACCAUGCAGAGGCAGAAGCCAAACAUCUGGUCUACGAGUCAGAUAAUGACAAGGACGGCCAUCUGACCAAGGCAGAGAUCGUAGAGAAGUAUGACCUCUUCGUUGGCAGCCAGGCUACUGACUUUGGAGAAGCCUUGGCAAGACAUGAUGAAUUCUAACCUUCCACUUCCCACACAGGGUUGGGCUCAAUUCAGUCAUGGAGUUGAAAUCCCAAUUAAAAACACUAUAUGGAGAAUAGGGUGACGUUUCACACUAGUGUACUAAGUAGUGUACGAGUUUGGAUAUCAAGACACACCUCCUGGUUUGGCUCCACCUCCACCAUCCUCUCGUCCAAUCCGGACAAUGGAAAGGAUAUACAGCAUUUCCUUUGUCUUCGUUUGCAGAUCAACUUUGUUUUUGUAAAAAGUGACAGAAUACAGAUGUUAGUGUUUGUUUUGGUAGCCUUGUUUGAACAAUGUGUCAGGUGUGCAAUGAAGGGCAGAACUGUGCAUGUUGUGGUCAUUUCAGGUUUCAAUUCAGGAAGUGAGUAAAAAUUCAAUAGAAAAAGUGAAUUGAUCCCAACCCUGGUGUUUGUUCUGCUAUGCACUGGACUAUGAAGGGGAGAUGUACAGUGCCCUCUACUAAUAUUGGCACCCUUGGUGAAUAUGAGCAAACGGGCUGUGAAAAAAAAAAUGUAUUUGUUUAUCCUUUUGAUCUUUCUUUCAAUAUAUUCACAUAAAUCUAACCUUUUAAUUAAAGUAAAAUUAUUUGAAAAAAAUGUAUCAUAAAACAAAUAAUUUUCUCUGUAUGCCACAAUUAUUGGCUCCCCUUCAUUCAAUACUUUGUGCAACCUCCCUUUGUCACGAUAACAGCUCUGAGACUCCUAUAAUACGUAAUGAGGUUGGAGAACACAUGGCAAGGGAUCUGAGACCAUUCCUCCAAACAGAAUCUCUUCAGAUUCUGAGGUCCACUCUCCUCUUCAGCUCAUCCCACAGGUUUUCUAUGGGGUUUAGGCCAGGGGACUGGGAUGGCCAUGGCAAAAUCUUGAUUCUGUGGUCAGUGAACCAUUUUUGUGUUGAUUUUGAGGAGUGCUUUGGAUCAUGUACUGCUGAAAGGUCCAACCAUGUCCCAGUUUAUAUCUGCUGGUACUUGUCCAUGAUACCAUUUUUCCUAACAAGUUGUCUAGGGCCUUUGGAAGAAAAACAGCCCCAUAACAUCAAAGAUCCACCACCAUACUUCACAGUGGGGAUGAGGUACUUUUUUACAUGGCUAUCUUUGUCUAUGCCAGACCUACCUCUGGUGUUUGUUUCCAAAAAGCUCUAUUUUGGUCUCAUCUGACCAUAGAACCCAGUUCCAUUGAAAGCUCCGGUAAAGUUUUGCAAAAUGUAGGCACUUGAGUUUGACAGCAAAGGCUUUUUUUUUGGCAACUCUCCCAAACAACUUGUGGUUAUGUAGGUGCGUCUGAUUGUAGUUUUGGAGACUUUCGGAUCCCAAGACCCAACUAACGUCUGCAAUUCACCAGCUGUGAUCCUUGAAGAUUUUUUGGCCACUCGAACCAUCCUUGCUGCGUGGGGUCAAUAUAGACACACGUCCUCUUCCAGGCUGAUUGUUAACUUCUCUCCAGUUGCUUUAAACUUCUUAAUUAUUGACCUGAUAGUGGAAAUGGGCAUUUUCAACCAUCGGGUCUUUCUUAUAGUGAUUGAUGAUGGGAAUUUGACCUGUGUGUCACCUCAUAUUUAUACCCCAGUGAAACGGGAAUUCAUGGCUUACCACUUAUGUGUUCCUAAUCAUUCAGGUGAACUUAAUGUAAAAUAUUAAUGUGAAUAUACUUCAGUUAGAUUUUACCUAUAAGAAUAUCUAGGAGUGCCAAUAAUUGUGGCACAUGCUUCGUCAAAAAAUAUUUAUUUCACAAUUUUUUUUCUCAAUUUUACUUUAAUUAAAAGUUACAGUUUUGUGAAUAUUUGGAAUGAAAGACCAAAAGGAUAAAGAGUAAAGAUUUUUUUUUUUUCACAGCCCGUUUUGUGAAUAUUUACUAAGGGUGCCAAUAUUGGUGGAGGGCACUAUAACACGGUCCACUCUAUAAGCUACUACCACAAACUGCUCUUUUGAUUUCAUUGGCUAGCAGUGUCUUCAUCCCACCACUCCCCAAAUGUGGCCAAUCCUCCCAGGGUUAAGGUUAGUGGUUGUAGCCCAGGGAUAAUCAACUAGAUUCACCCGUGGGACGAUUUUUAAUAUAUUUUUUAUUGAGUGGAUGGUCGAGGGGCCAGAACAAAAUGAAGCAAUAAGGCCCGAUGGGGUGUAGUAUAUGGCCAAUAUACCACGGCUGUACCAAGGGCUGUUAUGCACGAUGCAGCGCAGAGUGCCUGGAUACAGUCCUUAGCUGUGGUAUAUUGGCCAUAUACCACAAACCUGCGGUGCCUUAUUACCAUUAUAAACUGGUUACUAAAAAUAAAUGUUUUGUCAUAACUGUGGUAUACGGUAUGAUAUUCUACAGCUGUCAGCUAAUCAGCAUUCAGGGCUUGAACCACUCAGUUUAUAAUUACAAAUCAUUUGUAGACUGCAAAUUGACUGCAAUAAGACCAAACACAUUUGACUAAAACAUAAUAAUUUCAAACCUUGCUUACAUUUGUAUACGAUCCACGUGUCUAUUAUGCAUGGGUAUACUUGAACGGAUUUCUUAAAUCAAAGUCAGUUGGACCUAAUUUCCUAGUGUUUUUACAGUCUUAUGUGUGACAAUGUAAAACAAAUGAUGUCAUUGUUUUUUUUGGCUCAGAAAACUCGGGCCGCUUGCCACCAGUUGGGAAACACUGUUGUAGCUCAUGGAGUGGGCCUCAUCAAAGCCUCGUGAAGACUGUUUGGACGCGUGCAAUACAACACCACCAUAGGGACCGGGGUGUGUGUCGGCCAAUAGCGGUCCCCCGUGUCCCCUGUGUGCAGGUUUUAGUUCCUACAUGUGUGUAGGAGCUUGGCUCAAUUAGGGGUUAGAUCAGUUAUUUUUUAUUAUUUACUUCAGUCUGGGCACCCUCUGGGUCGUACAUUUCUGAUCUAGUACCUGUACUAGCACAACAUAUUUAUAGCCCUGUGUUAGUACAGGGCUGGAACAAAAAUGCAAAACACGGGUGUUUCACUCAAGGACCAGAGUUGCGAAACACUGGAUGGGAAAUAGAGAGAAACUGUAGGACUCUUUCCUCCUUUCUUUCUCUCUUGCUGUGUGUGUCCCUCCACUGAGUGCCUCCUUUAGUUUUAUUUUGGUAUCUACUGAAUAGUCUUCUGUACUACACACACAUACUACAUAUGUUUGGAGGUUUAUGAAAGUAUUAUUUCUCCUGUCCAGUCUUCUUCCUUAGUUAUAGUCGUCAGACUGUAUAAUAAUUGUAUAACACCUGAUAUUUAGUGUAUAACCCUCUAUAACCACUGUUGUUGAUCUGGUUCAACUUCUCUUAAUCCCUCUGCCAUCAGGGCUACAUGAUAAUGACAUGAACAGUCAUAACUCUUGGUACAAAGUCAGUUUUGAUAAACUGACACCAGAAGUAGGACUUUUUAUGACAUGUUAUGUCAUGUUUUCAACAGUGUUAUUUAUGUAGGUCUUGUGACAGAGGUUUCUAGUAAAGUGUUUCCAUUGUCUUUAUAAAAUAUAAUGUUAUAAUAAUGUAUAUGCUAUAAUGUAUAUGAUGUAGCUGUUUUUUACAUGAUCAAUCCAGCGCCAUGCCUAUCAGUAGUGAUGACCCUGUACAUACCCUGUCACCUGUUGCCUUGUUGACAGUGUGUGCUGUUGUCAAUCAGGUGGAAAAGUGUUUUUCUGAUUAAAAGGAUGUUGUGGAGGUUUUA